AUGUCCGAUGAUUCACUAGACCUGGGUGGACUGGGACCUACGACUCCGGCGCCAAACCCAAGGAUGGCUCGUACGGCACAGGGUCGAAGCGCGGUAGCAGGUCCUUCGAAACCAGCGUCCAAAGCAGGGAGGCAGAAGAAGAAUGUGACACCAAGCUCGUCCGGUGAUGAGAGGCAUCCCGUUCUGGUUCCUGAUGAUGACAACGACAACGACAACGACGGCGAAGAGUCGGUGACAGAGGUGCCUCUCCGCAAGCCCCAGACAGCGCGAAGGGGCCGAAAACCCAAUGUAAACGGUGUGCCGCGUGUGAAAGGAAAGGGAAAAGCCAAGGCGCCAUCACCCAAAAUGACGCGAAGGGAUUCUCCUCCCGAAGUGCUUGACGAUUCGGAGGACGAUGGUGCCGUGCAGGUAGCUGCUAUGAUAAAUAGCGCGAUCGAUAACAACUCGGGUGGGGAGAUGAAACGUCUUCGACGUGAACUAGCAGAGACAAGAGAACGCGUGAACAAGUAUUCUAAACAACUGGAAGAACUUUUUGAGAUCAGACAUACUGAGCCCGAGCGUCUACUAAUUGAGUACCGAAAACAGUCUGACUCUAAGAUGGAAGCCCAGGACGCGAUAAUCAAGGAGUUGACAUCUAACCUGGCGAAGAAAGAACCGUUGAUAAGGGAAGGAAAGACAAGAUACAAAGGGAGGGUGGAGGUGUGCGAUAGGGAACUGAAGGAGAAAGAUAAGAAGAUACUCGAACAGGAGCAAAUCAUCAAGGACCUCCGGGUAGAACUCCAGGCAGAAAUCGACCGAGCAAAUGCCCUUGCGAAGGAUCCACGCCGUCCACCUGGAUCAGCACAACGAAACAGAGGUCAGACUGUCCUGGGUGGGCAAGAACCAAAGCACGGGGCAAUCAUACAGUUCUACGAGGACGUAACGAACCUUCUCAUCACCAAUGUCAGAAAUGAGAAGUGUAGCAAGCGAGAUCUCGAUUCCAGCGGCAAAAGCCUCAAUUUCAAUCUUCGCUUAUGCCACGAACUUGUCGAAGGAAAUGAAUACGCCGAUGCAAUACUGUAUUCUCCGCUCGAGCUGGACAAGGAACCCGAAGAUUUUGUCAAGCAACUAGACUUUUUGGCGGGUCCGUUCACUUUUCCGCGGAGACAGCUACCGGUCUUUAUACGCACCAUCAAUAAUACCAUAGGGAAGACGGCGCAAGAGGGUGAGGAGGAAGAAGGCGGAGGUGAGGCAGCAGAAGACGACGACGACGUCCAAAUGGUUGAGUAG